AUGUUGGGACUCAGACACGUGGAAAACCGCGUAUGCUCAAGAGUGGGCAUCGGCGAGCGGGUGGGGAGCCGUUUAAAGGGAGGGGGCCCUGCAGCUCGGCGGCGGAGAGGCCGCCCGCGUGAGCUCAGCGUCAAGGUGUUGACAGGUGCGACUCCCCGGGGAAGGCACCCCGGGCCUGGAGACGCCCCGAAACGGUUCACGGAGGUGCCCCCUAAAGCCGCAUCCGCGCCAGGGGCCUUCGGCAGAGAGGCCGCCCCCGCGCUGACCCCCGGACCUGCCGCCUUGGAAGCUCGCAGGCUCAGGCUGCAUGAAGAAAAGGUGAUUAAAGACAGGCGACAUCAUCUUAAAACCUACCCAAACUGUUUUGUCGCAAAAGAACUGAUUGACUGGCUGAUUGAACACAAGGAGGCGUCUGACAGAGAGACGGCCAUUAAACUCAUGCAGAAGCUGGCGGACCGGGGCAUCAUCCACCACGUGUGUGAUGAGCAUAAGGAAUUCAAGGACGUCAAACUCUUCUACCGCUUUAGAAAGGAUGACGGCACCUUCCCCCUGGACAAUGAAGUGAAGGCCUUCGUGAGGGGACAGAGGCUGUAUGAGAAGUUGAUGAGCCCCGAGAACACGCUCCUGCAGCCCCGGGAGGAGGAGGGGGUCAAGUACGAGCGCACCUUCAUGGCCUCGGAGUUCCUGGACUGGCUGGUGCAGGAGGGGGAGGCCACGGCGCGGGAGGAGGCCGAGCAGCUCUGCCGGCGGCUCGUGGAGCACGGCAUCAUCCAACACGUGUCCAAUAAGCACCCAUUUGUGGACAGCAACCUUCUCUACCAGUUCAGAAUGAACUUCCGGCGGAGGCGAAGGCUGAUGGAGCUGCUCAGUGAGAAAUCCCCGUCCUCCCAGGAGACGCACGACAGCCCCUUCUGCCUGCGGAAGCAGGGCCAUGACAACCGGAAGUCUGCCAGCUUCAUGUCAGUCAGCCCCAGCAAGGAGAUCAAGAUCGCGUCGGCCGCGCGGAGGAGCAGCAUGAGCGGCGGCGGCGGCGGCGGCUACUUCAGCAGCAGCCCCACGCUCUCCAACAGCCCGCCGAUCCUCUGCAACCCCAAGUCUGUGUUGAAGAGGCCCGUCACUUCUGAGGAACUCUUGACUCCCGGGGCUCCGUACGCGAGGAAGACGUUCACGAUCGUCGGGGACGCGGUCGGCUGGGGCUUCGUGGUGCGCGGGAGCAAGCCGUGCCACAUCCAGGCCGUGGACCCCAGCGGCCCGGCGGCGGCGGCGGGGAUGAAGGUACGGUGUGCCGAGCCUGCGCGCGCGUCCCACCUGCCUCGCCCUGCGCGCUUGCUCCCUUCUGCCCGCCCCCCUCUGCCCUUUCUGCGGCCGGGUUGA